AUGACCGACCCAAGCGCACUACUAUGGCGUCUUGCCGUCUUGGGAUCCCCGAAGGUUCUUCUGCUUGCCGUCCUUCUGGUAUCCUCGACACCCCGACUCUUCUGCGACGGCAAGGAGCUUACAGUCAUCGAGCUCUUUGCUGGCUCAGCCACAUUGACUAGAAUGAUGCAGAAAGCAGGUCAUGUUGCAGCACGGUUGGAUUUGAAAUAUGCCACCGAGCAGUGUGGGUCGUCUAUGGACAUUAAUUCACCGAGUGGGAUGGCGCUGGCAAUAGCUGUGAUCAUGCGAGGCUCGUCUUCCGGAUGCUUAGUGCACUUCGGAAUAUGCUGUAGCAGUUGGACAUCGAUGAAUGUUGGUACAAGCGGAAGAUCGACUUGCAGUUCCUACGGCAACACUUCACACCCCUCGGUUCGCUCUGCAAACAAGAUGUGUGCCCGGGUUUGCCUACUGAUACUUUUGGUGGUUGCACUCGGUGCAACCUAUACCCUUGAACAGCCAGCCGGAAGCCUCCUCGAAUACUUUCCGCUCUUUCGACACGUCCUGCAGCGUGUGCAACAAUGGGGUGGAGAUAUAUCUGUGAACCGUGUCCGAUGGUGGAUGGGCAACUAUGGAUGCUCGACCCCAAAACCGCACUACCUCUACAGCAACAGCCCCGCUGCUUUGGGCAUAUGGAACGGGAAGCUCCAGCCAGGUAUUCGUGGAAGCUCUAGGAAGGCUCGAUCUAAAACAACAAAGCGCUACACCGAUGUUAAAGGGAAGGCUUGUUGGACGGGGACCCGGCACUUGAAAGCCACGGAGCAAUACCCGGAACAAUUUGGGCGUCGCAUGGUGGAGUUGCUCAAGGACCUGCUGGAGGAACGAGCUGGUUGCCCGGCCCUCCCCACGCCUCUUCCCAGCAUCGUGGAGACUUGCAGCAGUGUGGCCUGGACGGAUGUCUGGGUAGAAGCAGACAUGUGGGAAGUUUUGGUGUACUUACGGGGAAGUCGAAGCCUGAGUUUGGAGUCACAGCACCGUGGUCUUUUCCCAGAUUCCCUCCCAGAAGGGCUGGCUUGA